GUUUCCCGCGCUUUGUGAGCGGCUGUAUGGUUGAAUACCGGUGCACAAAAUUAAAAAAACAAGUGUAGUGCCGUGCCCGCCAAAAAUAUACUAAUAUGGCGACUUUAUUUAAUUAAUAACUUCAAGAUUUUUAUUGUUUUGUGUUAUGUAAUAAGUAUUAGGUUGGUUUCCUGAACCCAGAUUAAGGCUAGUCCAGAAAUUAUGGGUUCGGCAGCAUCUGGAAUGGGUUGCGAGACGCCAGGCGGUGAUUUGCGACUACCAUUCACCGGCCUCAAGUUCUCUGCGAACCAACUCCGCGCCCUGAACUCCUACGUAGACGAGUUGUAUGAGGAAGACCAGAAAGGUCAGAUGUCGACAGAGAUGGAGAGUGAGGUGGAGAGUCUUGUUCAGCGUAUAGUGGACGGCGCUGGUCAGAGGGACCCGCGGUUCAGGUGCUGUCACCUCAUCGCCCUACAUAGAGGGAAAAUGAUGCGGUCGCGCUCCCUGGAGUAUUUAGUGACGUUGGACUCUCUCCCUGUGCUGAAUGUGAACGAUGAUUGCCGGCUAGAAGAAGGCCCGGUGGGCUACGGGAAGGUCAGGAUCACUGGCAGGGGAGCCGACAAGUGGGAGGAGUUCCUCACACCCUCGGGAUACUUGUGCAGGGAUAAAGUAUUGGAGCGGUGGGUGUCGCUGGUGGCACGCUGCACGGCGGCGCGCGGCGGCCGCGGCCGCGCCCGCGUGCUGUGCGCGCGCGCCGCUCGCGUCGCUAAGCCCUACCACUACUGCUACUUGGAGAGAGUGUCACCUCCACAAACGGCCAACGAUCGUCGCCUCGCCAUAGUGGAAGGUGCCGCAUGGGUGAUGGUCCGGGUGGGCGCGGGUGAGGCUGAAGCCAAGCUCAUGCUGGGCGUCCGGGUAGAGGGGUGCAGUGCAACCGCGUACACCACAAGGGUGCCUCUGACUCAUCCGUUGGCUAUGCUGCAUUACACUAGCGCGCAAGGGGGCUACUACGCGGUGGCGGUGGGCCCGCCACCGGCCGUCGGUGGCAGCGGGGAGCGUAGCGCGUGGUGGCAGGUGCGCAGCCCCGCGCUGGAGGCGGCGCUCGACGCGCACGCCGCCCGCGCCGCCGCACCCGGCCGCCUCGCCGCCGCGCUCACCACGCUGCUGCACCGCAUGCGCCACGGAGCUUACGAAGGUACACUACGUGUUUUGAGCCGCUAUGCAGUUAGUUGUGCGCUGCGUCGUCGCUUGCAACGUUGCGCCGUCUACUCGCAAGCUGCAGCCCGUAGCUGCGUAUCAGCUCAUCUAGCGCAUCAUCUACUGCUGAUUUUGGAUGAGCUGGUAUGCUUGUGCGAGAAAGGUGGGGUGGCUGGGUACGUGCACAGCGUGGAUCGCGCGAGCGUGGCGCGGCGCGGCGGCCGCGGAGAUGCCGCCUGGCACCACGACGCACGCUGUCUGCGCCGCUGCCUGCUGCACCUGCACGCCGCCGCAGAAUCAGAAGAAAUUCCACCUACACCUUCGGAAUCCUUAGAAAUGGUGCUGUUUAGCCGUUGGGAGAGUCUGAACAAGGAGUCGAAGAUAGCAGCUGGUACCACACCCUCAUACUCUAGGAGGCAGUUGCGCUACCUAUGGAGAGUGUCCAGUGAGCUUGUGAAAUGCAAGAACAUGAUCGCAUGUGAGAACCGUUUCGCCUUCCGUGAAAACCUGAUUCAGGCGACGUCACAGAAUCAGGAGUCGGUGGAGGACUUGAUCCACAUCCUGGCAAUCAUGCUGGACCAGGCCAGGGAUUUGUACUUAAACAAUUUCCAGCACAGGACGCUGGGGGAGUUCGAUAGGGAGUUGUCUACCUACAGGUCCAAGAAAUGGAACAAACUCAAAGACUACUAUGACGCAUCAUCAGCCUGUCUCAUUGAUGCUGUGCGCAGAGACUCUGAUCUACGUCAAGAAGACCUUACAGAUCCACUCAAUGUCAUGAAGAACAUUCUCAAUUGGCUUUAUAAGGGUGCUAAAGAAGACAAAAAGUACUUGGGGCCAGUAUUGAAACCCUAUCUGGAUGGACUUUUCAAUUGUUCUUUGGAGAAUGGAUGGUUUUUAGAAGAGUUUGAGGCCAAAUCUUGUGAGAAUGAGUUGGAGAGCCUCAGAGAGUAUUGCAUGGGAGUGCAUGAUGGGAAUGUGGAGCCUUGUAUGGGGUUACUUGAUUUGGCGAAGAGACAUGCUUGGGCGAAGGCUAUGGUGGACUUCGUGGACAAGUUUCGCCAUGUGGACUUCCGUUUAGUGUUCCCGACAGGGGACGGCAUGGCUAUAUCGUAUCCGAUGAAGUUGCCGUCCCGCCGCGAGCACAGUUCCGCUCGCACCCUUACCCUCAGCAGGCGGGACAAGGCUGAAGCAAAACUGCGUCUCGCCAGGAGGUGUGUGCUGGCUGCGUUCACCACAGCGAUUAUUGGAGACAGAUGCUCGAAAUUAAACGGAAUAGCUCGGCACGAGAGCAGCGAAGAGAUUCUGGCCAGCGUCAAGAAUGGCAACUACUGGCGCAACAAUACAAGACCGGAUAUCAUACCUUCAACGUCCGUACAGGAUAUUUCUAGGGAGAACAAUGAUGUGUUGAAGGUGAGACGAAGAUCCAGGAGGAAUAGGCCGGUGACCUCGUAUGGCUUUCCAGAAAUUUCUCUCACCGACCAGUCGGAUGCGAAGACGAUGAGGCGGAAGUAUCAUACUUUGAGGAGUUUGGUGUACACGGAGCCUGUUGAAAGUAUCAAAGAAUUGCGUGAGAGGCCCAAGUCUGCAGGAAAUACCGUAAGAAACAAGGCAGCUUUGAGCAGGCCCAGUAUAUUGGAGACAUUGGACUUUAUUAACGGCGUUAAGGAUGCAUUAAGUGUGGAGGAAUCAGGGGCAUCGGAUGCCGAGGAGACAGCCUGGUCUAUGGAGGAAGAAUGGCUGGUAGGACAAACGGCGCCUUUGAACUUGAUCGCCUCUCGGUCUGGGGUGCACGCGCUGCACCUCACCCUCGGAGACUUGGUACUGGCUCUUCUGCAGCGCGGAAGGUUCACCAUACUGCAAGAACUGUGCUCUUGGCUGGGGGAGUCCAGCGAGGGUGCCCUCUUCGCUCUGCACCGGCUGGGUCGCGCCGCCAGGUCCAGGAGUAGCGAGAGAGCUACUAAUUCUUGGAAGCUUCCCGAAGCUGAAGGGUCAACGGUGGAGCCACCGCAGAAGUACAGAAGCCGACCACCGGAUUACAUGUCUGGGGACGAAGCACCACCCCCACCACCACCUUUACCAAGACGUGUCUGUAAAGAGAAGGAGAAACAGGUAACCAAGCAGUACACUGAUUACCUACCUCCCAAUCGCCUACAACACUUGGAGCAGCAACUGACAUAUCUAGAAACGAGCAAUGCCAAACUGAAUCAACCGAAACCAACAAAUGACACAUAUACUGGGAUCAUCAACCCUAUUUACGACAUAAAAAUGCCCAGAGACAAAUUCCGCGUUAAAAGAUCUAAGUCUUUAGGCAGAUCUUUUAGUUCCAGAUCCUUAGGGCUGGAAGUGACUAGAUACAAUAUAACGUUAGGUCGCAGAAGUGGGAAGAAGACAAACGAUGUGGUCACAGCGAUCACGGGAAUGACCGGAGAGACAGGGUUGGAGCCGAAGAAUAAUUUCUACCAAAGAACAAGCACCGCCGAUGUGGUUGGGGAUUCUUAUAAAAUUAGCAGGGUUACAAUUGAUUGAAUAAGCUGUGACAGCUUAGUUGGCCACUUGAUCGUGCUCCGGGGAUUCCAAAAUCAAAUCCCAGCUUAAUCCUCUGAAUUAAUCAAAUUUGUGUUUGGUUCGUCUAAUUGUUGUCACAUGCUUCUGAGAGUAUGUAAGUCUUUGUCUUGCAAGUCACGUUAGAGGCUUUAAUAUGUAUUGACGAUGGCUCAGAAACUCUUGACACUAAAGGACGAUAUUUUUUGUAAGUAGUAGUAGUUUUUAAUACAUCUGUUUUAUUAUUUAUUUAUAUAUAACUUAUUUAACUUCAUCAUUUCCGACAAUUAUUGCUACUUCAUCUGAAAGUCUUCUCAGAUCGAGUAUGGUGCUUACAUGGCAAAAUCUUAACAUAUUAAAUGUCCGUUAAUUAUUUGUAUGUAUAUAAAAUAUACUGUUUGUUUUUAUGUUUACAUGUCAUAUAUUUAAUAUAAUAAAAUGUUUGUACUGA